AUGACGCCUGUCGCUCAUAGGUACAAAUCAAACGAAGAGUAUGUAUAUGUGCGAGGCCGCGGCCGAGGGAAAUAUGUUUGUGAGGAGUGUGGAAUUCGCUGCAAGAAGCCCAGCAUGCUGAAGAAACACAUCCGCACCCACACUGACGUCCGGCCCUAUGUGUGCAAGCACUGUCACUUUGCUUUUAAAACCAAAGGGAAUCUGACUAAGCACAUGAAGUCGAAGGCCCACAGCAAAAAGUGCCAAGAGACCGGGGUGCUGGAGGAGCUGGAAGCCGAAGAAGGAACCAGUGACGACCUGUUCCAGGACUCAGAAGGGCGAGAGGGCUCGGAGGCUGUGGAGGAGCACCAGUUUUCAGACCUGGAGGACUCGGACUCAGACUCGGACCUGGACGAGGAUGAGGAGGAGGAUGAGGAGGAGAGUCAGGACGAGCUGUCCAGACCAUCCUCAGAGGCGCCCCCAACCUGCCCACCAGCCACGCUGCAGGCAGACUCCUCACCUGCUCCGGGCCCUCAGCCCCCAGAUGCCACCUCCAGCAGCGAGGCCACACGAGGAAGCUCCAUCUCCGAAGCUGAGCUCUUGACAGCCAGCAGUUGCUCCACGUCUAGCCAGAGCAUCCUGGGCCUCCCCCGGCUGGGACUGGCCCCUUCAGACCCUGUGGAGAAGGACAUGAGCUCAGCCCUGAGCUCCGAGGCCGUGUCCCCAAGAAGGCCGUGGUCCCCAAGCAAAGAAGCAGGCAGCCGCCCGCCACUCGCCCGCAAACACUCACUAACCAAAAACGACUCGUCUCCCCAGCGAUGUUCACCGGCCCAAGAACCACAGGCCUCAGCCCCGAGCCCGCCUGGCCCCCACAUGGGCCCUCUGCCUUGUGGGUCUCCAAGACUUGAGCUGUCACCUCUCACCCCCCGCCCCCUGGGAAGAGAACUGCCUCCUCGAGCACAUCUGCCCCCUGCAUUCAAGGGCACCACAGACCCAGGCCCCACCAGACACUCGCCCACCAGGAGACGAUCCCCAAGUCAGGCCGAGUCACCGCCACGGUCAGUGCUGCCAGGGAAGUGGGCCUUGGCUGGGCCAGGCAGCCCCUCCCCGGGCGAGCAUGGCCCAGGCUUGGGGCUGGCCCCGCGGGUUCUCUUCCCGCCCGCGCCUCUACCUCACAAGCUUCUCAGCAGAAGCCCCGAGACCUGCGCCUCCAUGUGGCAGAAGGCCGAGUCCCGAAGUCCCUCCUGCUCGCCUGGCUCUGCUCAUCCUCUCUCCUCCCGACCUUUCUCCGCCCCUCAUGACUUCCAUGGCCACACCCCGGCCCGGACAGAGGAGAACAUCUUCAGCCACCUGCCUCUGCACUCCCAGCACCUGACCCGCACCCCGUGUCCCUUGAUUCCCAUCGGUGGGAUCCAGAUGGUGCAGGCCCGGCCAGGGGCCCAUCCCACUUUGCUGCCAGGGCCCACCUCAGCUUGGGUCAGUGGCUUCUCAGGGGGUGGCAGCGACCUGACAGGGGCCCGGGAGGCCCAGGAGAGAGGCCGCUGGAGUCCCACUGAGAGCUCAUCAGCCUCCGUGUCACCCGUGGCUAAGGUCUCCAAGUUCACACUCUCCUCGGAGCUGGAGGGCAGGGACUACCCCAAGGAGAGGGAGAGGACGGGCGGAGGCCUGGGCAGACCUCCGGAAUGGGAGCCCUGUGGGGCCGAGGUGCCUGCAGAGUCUGCGCCCAUGCACAGCCCCUGCACCCCAUCCGAGGCCUUGCCCCGGCCGCCCCAGGGCCACCAGCCAGCGCAGUCCUGGAGCUCCCACUUGGAGUCACCACACAUGCUGGCCAACCCCGAAGCCUCUGCCACCCCGCCACUGGACCGCAGCAGCUCUGUGGGCUGCCUGGCAGAGGCCUCCACUCGCUUCCCAGUCCGGAGGAGGAACCUCUCUGGGGAACCCAGGACCAGGCAGGGCUCCCCUGAGCCCUCGGGAAGUGGGGAGCCCAGGGCGCCUCCACACCAGCCCAAGGACAGGGGCCCGCCGAGCACUUAGCCUCUCUCCGACCGCUUCAGCAUCUGGCUUCCAGUGUUCGGCAACAGACGUUUCCAGCCAACUUCCUCGAAUCAUCUUGCCCUCAUGGGCUCCCUCUCCAUCUGUCCAUCUGUCCAAGCAGCUUCUGCUCAGUGCCAUCUGUUCUAUCUCCCCAUGUAUGCAGUUACCUGUGCCUUUUUCUAUACCCUUCGUUGCUUGAAAAGGAACAAACAAAUCACACACAUACAUAAAAAAAAAAAAA